CAAGCUUCCCAAGUAGGAGACUGUAGGCACGUACCACCAUGACCAGCUAGACCUGUUGUUUUUUAAAACACACCAGGACCACCAUGCAGGGGAUUCUGACGCUCCUCCUCCUCCUGCUGCUGCUGCUGCUGCUGCGGGCAUCCUCUGGCGGCGGGGCUGGCGGGGCAGCAGGCUACGCCUCUGUGAAGUACGUGCAGCCUAUGCAGAAAGGACCUGUGGGACCACCCUUCCGCGAGGGCAAGGGCCAGUACCUGGAAAUGCCUCUACCUCUGCUGCCAAUGGACCUCAAAGGAGAGCCGGGACCCCCUGGGAAACCUGGUCCUCGGGGUCCACCUGGCCCUCCUGGUUUCCCAGGAAAACCAGGCACUGGAAAGCCAGGGCUCCAUGGACAGCCUGGACCUGCUGGCCCCCCUGGCUUCUCCCGCAUGGGCAAGGCUGGUCCGCCUGGGCUCCCUGGCAAGGUUGGACCACCAGGGCAGCCAGGGCUUCGGGGAGAGCCAGGGAUACGAGGAGACCAGGGCCUCAGGGGACCCCCAGGACCCCCUGGCCUCCCUGGCCCCUCAGGCAUUACUGUUCCUGGAAAACCAGGUCCCCAGGGGGUGUCAGGACCCCCAGGGUUCCGAGGGGAACCAGGACCUCAAGGAGAACCUGGGCCCCCGGGAGACAGAGGUGUUAAGGGGGAUAAUGGAGUGGGUCAGCCCGGGCUGCCUGGGGCUCCUGGGCAGGGUGGUGCCCCUGGGCCCCCUGGCCUCCCAGGCCCAGCUGGUGUGGGAAAGCCAGGCUUGGAUGGGCGACCUGGGGCCCCUGGAGACAAAGGGGACUCUGGGCCUCCUGGAGUUCCAGGCUUGAGGGGGGAGCCAGGAACUUUGGGUCCAAAAGGUCCCCCUGGAGUAGAUGGUGUGGGUGUGCCAGGAGCAGCAGGGGUGCCUGGACCCCAAGGUCCAGCAGGGGCAAAAGGGGAGCCAGGAGCCCGGGGUCCCCCUGGCCUUAUAGGUCCUACUGGUUAUGGGAUGCCAGGACUGCCAGGACCCAAGGGGGACAGGGGCCCAGCGGGGGCCCCAGGGCUCUUAGGGGACAGGGGUGAGCCAGGGGAGAAUGGGGAGCCAGGGGAACAGGGCCCACAGGGCCUGGGGGGCCCCCCUGGACCUCCUGGGUCUGCAGGGCUCCCUGGUAGACGUGGGCCUCCUGGUGCAAAGGGGGAGGCAGGUCCUGAAGGACCCCCAGGAGUGCCUGGCAUUCGGGGUGACCAAGGGCCCAGUGGCCUGUCUGGGAAACCUGGGCUUCCAGGUGAGAGGGGACUUCCUGGCACCCAUGGGCCCCCUGGACCAGCUGGGCCCAAGGGUGAGCCAGGUUUCACAGGUCGCCCUGGGGGACCAGGGGCAGCAGGAGCUCUUGGACAGAAGGGUGACUUGGGGCUCCCUGGGCAGCCUGGCCUGCGGGGUCCCUCAGGAAUCCCAGGACUCCAGGGUCCAGCUGGCCCUAUAGGGCCUCAGGGUCUUCCAGGCCUGAAAGGUGAACCAGGUCUGCCAGGGCCCCCUGGGGAGGGGAAAAUAGGGGAGCCUGGUUCUGCUGGGCCCACAGGGCCUCCUGGUGUCCCUGGCGCUCCAGGACUCACCGGCCCUCCUGGGCCUCCUGGGCCUCCGGGUCCCCCUGGUGCCCCAGGAGCCUUUGAUGAGACUGGCAUCGCAGGCUUGCAUCUCCCCACUGGUGGUGUGGAGAGUGCUGUGUUGGGCAAGGGGGGCAAGCCUCAGCUUGGGCCGGGCGAGCUGUUGGCCCACGCCACACCAGCCUUCACCGCAGUGCUCACUUCACCCUUCCCUGCCUCAGGGAUGCCUGUGAGGUUUGACCGGACUCUCUACAAUGGCCACAGUGGCUACAACCCAGCCACUGGCAUCUUCACGUGCCCUGUGGGUGGUGUCUACUACUUUGCUUACCACGUACAUGUCAAGGGCACCAAUGUGUGGGUGGCCCUGUACAAGAACAAUGUGCCGGCCACCUAUACCUAUGAUGAAUACAAGAAGGGCUACCUGGACCAGGCGUCUGGUGGGGCUGUGCUCCAGCUGCGGCCCAAUGACCAGGUCUGGGUGCAGAUGCCCUCCGACCAGGCCAACGGACUCUACUCCACCGAGUACAUCCACUCCUCCUUUUCGGGAUUCUUGCUCUGCCCGACAUAACCCGUGCGCAGCCCUGCUGCCUUGGCCUACUCCUUUAGUGGUAGAGUGACCUUUUCAGUUACAAAGACCUCCAUUUAAAGAAAAAGACUGAAGGCUCAACAGAGGCGGCGGUGGCCUUAGCCCCAACAUGUGGCUGAGAUUUUCUGGAAGGGGCUGGCCUGAGUUCCUCUACCUAGAUGUCUGAGCAGUGACAGGGUGCAGCCUGUCCCUGCCCUGUAGGAUCCUAGGACAUUUGGCCCAGGCCCCACAAGUCCUGGAUGCAUUUCUGGUCCAACAGAGUCAAGAGGGCCUGGGCUCCCUCAUGCACUUGCCUGUUGGGCCCCGGAGGGCACCUGCUCUAGGAGUAGGGCUCUUCCAGCUCCCUGGGACAGUGAGUCAUCUCCAAGGGAAAGGGAGAAGAGCGUGUCCCUUGAGGUGGUUAAUGUGGAUGCCCUGCCAGGAACUCAACCCCAGGGUGAUGCUGUUACGCAGGCCUGUCCACAACAGGGACUGAUAUAGGGCCUCUCUGCAGGCAUCUGGGAAGGGUAAAACCCUUGCUCUGCUUCAGCAACAGUCUGGGGAAAGGUGGUCUGCAGAGGGUAGGAGUGGAUCUGGGGCAGGAAGGACGGCUGCUCCUCCAUCUCCCUGCUUUGUUUUAAGCAUGAGGACAAUGCACAGGCCCCUGUGACUGCCGUGAGCUGUGAUGUGUCUGGAAGUGGGUACAUGGCGUGGCACCAGGCAGGGCUGAAGGCAGCAGGCAUGAGUGCGCCUCCGUCUCUGCUUUCACCUGCCAGGGGUGAGGCCAGUUUCCUCCCUCCACAUUGUAAGAGGAUCCCAACUCAAGUGUUUCAAAGGUCGAGCACCUUUCAUUCGCCCCUGGGCAAGGGGCACACAAGCUCUGGGAUGAUGCUCCCACUUGUUUUAAUAAGAACCACAUGGUAGAUAGGUGUCUCUACCAGAGGGGUUAAUGGGGGGGGGUCCUCUGUGUCCACCUCUGGCUCCAAUUUCCUGUUCUAAGCAGGAUUAGGGCCCAGGAGGCUGGGGAUCUGUGAGGAAGGGUCCCAAAGGCCUGGGCUGGGCUGCCUCUGGCUUUGUCUGCCAUCUCCCCAGUCAGGGCGCUUCUGCAGGAAGCAGUCCCUGCCCUUCAGUGCAAGCUGCAAUUAGUGCUGGGGUAAGGGUGGUGGAUGGUGGUGCAUGCAAGGAUGCCCACCUACCUACCCCACCAUUUGAGGUUUUGCUCACCCUGCACUAAGCUAACCACCUCCUUGCACCAAGGGUGAGCAGUGCUCUGACUCUGGCCAAAACCAGACUGUCCGUGUUGAAAGGGGAGGAUGACCCGUGACUUCUGACUUGCUAAGCUGUGGUCCUCCCAGCUCUCCGACAGCCAGCCCUCCUCCCCUGCCCACAACUCCUCCCAAGUGGGCUGCUUUAGCUUUCAAAGGGAGGAAUGCAAAGCUGAAUCUGCCCAAGUGAGACUUGAGCAAAAGUUUUGGCUGGGGUUCAUGGUGGACUUUUUCCACCCCAACACCUGAGAGAACCAACUAGGGCAUUUCAGCGGGCCUGGUGGGGUCCUUUUUUAAUCAACCUUCUUCUCUGGGUCAAAGCCACUAUAAUUUGACUCCUUAGGAAUGGGUGCUGAUGUGGCAGAAAUUAAUUAGCUCCCAGUGGGAUCCCAGGGACACAAGCAAGGUCCCAAAGGGACCCUGAAGGCAGAUUCAGAGCUGAGCUUCUGCCAAAUUUCAUUCCCAAAGCCUUUAGGGGAGGGUGGUUGAUGUUUUUUGAAGUGUUUAUGCGACUUGAGGUGCAGGUGUCAGUUACCUGAUUUACUUUGAUAAACGUCAGGUUUUAACUAUGAAAAAUACAUUGCUUUGUACAUUUUUGUAUUCUAAUUCUUAAUUUUUUUUUAAGAUGAAGGUUUAAAUGUUUUUCCACUAGUAAUUUCACUUCUAACCUGGUAUAGGAGAAGUUUAGUUCUCUACUUACAUGUACCCUGUGUCACAGGUUCAGGGAAAACAUACUGGGGAGACAAAAAAAGGACUUCAUUUUGAAAAGAAAAACAACAGUAUUGGCAAA